AUUAACAUCAUAUUUUCACUCCUUCAUCCAAAUCUACUUAGUUCAUCUCUCGUUUUUCAAAAGCAUCUCAAUCAUGGCCGGAGGAAAGUCCAAGAGUAAGGCCUCCAAGAAGAAGACCGUCGCCGAGGCCACGAGCUCUGCGCCUCAACCUUUCCCGUACCUGGACGGAUCCUUCUUGGAGUUCGGGUCGGAAGAGGAACUCUCUCGCUUCAUCACCUACUUUGCCAAGCGCCCGAUCUCUCCGCCCCGCGUGCUCCCGGAGCUAUACCCUCAACAAAAGGGGUACCACGACCUCGACAAUCAACUCAAAGAGUCGGGUCUGUGGCCGUUCGUCUCCAGAAGCCGUCAAUCCUUCAAUCCCACCUAUGUUCGGGCCUUCUACUCCAAUCUCCGGAGCAGCAUCAAUCUCUAUGACAUAGAGUUUGACUUGGCUACUUUUGCUAGGGUCGCAGGGCUGCCUACCCGCGGUGACGACAUCGCGUCAUACGGAGGCGACGAUUGGAUCCUCAACAACGAGGCCGUCGUCAUUCGUGAGCUCGGGAUCACCAACUUGAUCCGUCACAGCGGCGCACCGACGAUUCACUCGGCCCCACCGGAGAAGCGCCUCCUCCUCUACAUCAUCACCCGGAUUCUUCGCCCUCGGGACAGUAGCCACACCAGUCUCUCCAACGAAGAUCUCAGGGUAGUGCACGCCAUCAUCCAUGGCGCCUCGAUCAAUUGGGCAAAAUACGUCAUGAUUCACAUGACGGAUUGCGCCUCAAUCGCCACCGAAAGGAGCUUGCCAUACGCCUUCCUCGUCAUGGACCUCAUCGUCUCCGCCGACAUCCACAUCGCCGGGCCGGACACGAAGAUGACGAAGCUGUGGCUCAUCCAAGACAGCACCUUCCGGAAGAAGUCCGCUUUCUAGAGCCAUUUGUGUGUGAAGGUUGAGUUGUUCUUGAGCGUACUUAGUUUACUCAUAAUCUACUCUACAAGAGAGUCUCGUUCUUGAGUGUACUUGUGUUCUUAGACACGUUGAGAGAAAGUAUUUCUCUCGUUGAUUCAAAGGAAGGUCUGUUUCCUUUGAAGGAUUCGUUGAGGUUCGUGUGACUCGAACUCUCAAGUUGUAACGGUUUGUUAAGCACCCGCAAGCUUAACGAGAUAGUAGUGUAGCUCGAGAGAGUCUCUCGGGAGGCUGGAUUAG